UUCCGCUUUCCUGACUCCGCAUGCGGACGAUCGAGAAGGAAGUUUUGCAGCUCUGCUUUCAACUUUGUGAUGGAACGCGAGCGCGAUCUUUCGCAUUUUCAUAUGUUGCUUCUUCGCAAGAAGCAGCAGCAGAAGAAAGAGAAGAAGAAGAAGUUGUGGUGGGUGCACCCGGUUUGGAAAGGAAGAAGAACAUAGCGAAUUUCAUCUAGCUAUGGAUACCAUGCGCAAAUGUGGUGAUGACAGGAUGUUCCAGAAGUUCUACAGGAUGCCCUCGAGCACGUUUGAUGAACUUCAUCGCCUGGUUCAGAGUGCACUAUCCAAAGAGCAUGCUGUGAGGGAGCCCAUCUCCUCGCAAGAAAGGCUUGCCAUGACGAUCCGGUUCCUUUCAUCUGGGAUGCAGAUUAAGGACAUCGCACUCGCCUACCUAGUGGGGCUUGAGACAGCAAGGGAGGCCAUCCACUUAACGUGCAAAGUGUUGUGGAGUACACUGCAACCACUCGUGAUGAAGCCACCCACCAAAUCCGAGUGGGAGGAGAUUGCCCUCGGGUAUGCACACACUUGGAAUUUCCCAAACUGCUUGGGUGCAGUGGACGGAAAGCAUGUCCAAAUCGUUGCUCCCAAAAAGUCUGGCAGCAUGUUCUACAACUAUAAGGGAACAUAUUCAAUCGUGCUGAUGGCGGUUGUUGACAGCAAGUACCGUUUCAGGCUGAUUGAUGUGGGAGCACCAGGAAGAGCUAUAGAUAGUGCCGUGUUUAAGGAGUCGGCCAUUGGAAGAGGACUCCUGUCUGGCAAACUGCAAAUGCCUGGAAUUGCAAGGCUGCCAAACUCGGAUGUUGUUUUGCCUCAUGUACUGAUAGGAGAUGAGGCUUUUCAGCUCCGACAAGAUUUCUUGCGUCCCUAUCCUGGCAAGAUGCUGCCGCCUAACGAGACAGUCUUCAACUACAGACUGUCCCGAGCAAGGCGAUGUGCUGAAAAUGCCUUCGGCAUCCUGGCCAAUCGCUGGCGAAUUUUUCUUAGAGUCAUCAACCUGUCACCAGAAAAUGUGGAGAAUGUUGUCCUCGCAUCCUGUGUCCUCCACAACUACCUCUUGAAUCGGAGGUUGCUAACGGAAGAAGGGGACACCCCCGAUGAAUUUGGUCACUUCAGGAGAGGUUCCUGGAGAGAUAUAGAACAGGAAGUUCGGACAGCACUGUUGGACGUCCAGCGAACGUCAGCACGCAAUUACAGCACUGACGCAGCAGGCGUCCGCAACAUGUACAAGGAGUACUUUACAAGUCCAGCUGGCGAAGUGUCAUGGCAAUGGAAAAAAUGCCACCUGCAACCACCACCACACAGCAUUGUGUGACGAAGCCUGAAGAAUUCCCCUUGCCCUUUCCCUCACCAAAACGGCCCUUUUCAGGGCCACCCCAAAUGUGUGCGUCAAAGACGACGUCUGCAUAGAAACCCCGUAAUUUGCUUAGUAAUCCUCGUGUUGGCCAGUGAUAUGAGCCAGAGCUGAACCCAGGGUGAAAGCUGCCUAAAACACUUUUUAGCUGAAUCAGUACUAUAUGCAAAGGCGCAGUGAUAGCUUUGUAAAAUUUAAUCUAGCAGAGUGUUACGAAAUCGCACUUCAGUACACACCAGCAUACUCUUGUUCUUGUUCAUUCACAACCUGAUAAUUCAACCUUUUGCUUAAUUCAAACAAAUCUGAUUUUUUUUUUUUUUUUGCCUGCUAAGUUUUCCAUUAUGUGUGUUGGGUGACACACACGAAUUAACAGCAGAUCAAAAGCAUGCAGCUUACAUCUGCGUGUUGCAGUGAUAAGGAGUGACAAAUGUUGAAUCAUGCGUUCAACACACUUAUGAUAUUGCGAGACAUGCAACAAUAUCGUUAUGUGUAGCAUGCUAAAAUUAGUCUCGCUCAAUAAAAUGAA